AGGGUUGUGACGACGAGCAUAUAAACAGAUACUGCAUCCUUCACGUCUGUGAUAGUUCACCGCAAAACAGGCCGAGCUCAUAGACAUGGCCAAAGGAAAGAAUGUCAAUCCUGCCGAUGCUUUUCGGAAAUCUCAACGUAAGAAAGAGCUCAAGAAGAACAAGGCAGAACGGUCAAAGGCUCGCGAUUUUGCAUUGGUAAAAAAGGAUACGAGUGAAUUCGAAGAUGAGAUUUCGGCACUAUCCUCCAACCCUACACCUUCAGCCGCGGAUCAAAAGCGACUUAAAGAUCUGAAGACCGAACUCGAAAACAUCAACAAAAAGAAGGAAGAGUACGUAGUCGAACAUCCUGAACAUCGCAGGCUCGUGUAUCGCGCCCGGAAGUCGACAAAAGACCACAAUGAGAACGAAGAUAUCAACCCCGUAGAACGAACCAGAAAGCUUUUUGACAAAAACGGUAUUCCUAUACACCCAGAACGUAGUAUCUAUUACGAUCCUGUGAUGAAUCCUUUCGGUGUUGCACCCCCCGGGAUGCCUUACUUGGAGCGGCCUCUUAGACCUGACGAGAUGCAAGUUGAAGAACAGGAAGAGGAAGAGGGGUCCGAUGACGACAUUGCCAUGCCAGACGGUCCCCCACCGGGCCCAGAUAAUGUUGAGGCAAUGAAGCAGGAGGAAGAGGAAAGUGACGACGAUAUUCCCAUGCCAGAAGGCCCACCACCGCCCAAACCUGGAUCUGAUUCUAACCCCUCGUAUCCGCUACUACCUCUGUCUCAACCGCCUCCGUUCGAUCUACAUCCUCCAUUACCCCCUCCGCCUGGAGUGAAUAUUUCUCAGCAAGGGUUUCCGCCUCCGCCGCCUCCGCCGCCUGGCUUUCCAUUGCCGCCACCGAAUACUUUAUCUCUACCACCAAUUCCUCCCGGUUUCGCACCGGGCUCAAUACCCCCUCCACCGCCGCCAGGCUUUCCACAAGGCCCGAUGCCGCCUUUUCCGCCAAAUGCUUUCCCACAUGCCUUCCUUCCUCCGCAAGGCUUCUACAUGCCAGGAGGAUUUCCUUCUCCCCCGCCAGGGUUUUUUCCACGCCGUGCACAGUCGACCUCAUCAGUGCAAGACCCGCUCUCUUCUGUCCCCCACCAGAUAUACCAAGGUCAUCGUGGAACUCGGAAUGUUCCCCCUCCACCUACAUCUGGUCUACCACCGCCUCCACCUCCACCUUCUGCAACAAAUACUAUGACGUCGGCAACUGUGUUCGCCGCACCACAAAUGCGUGACCUCAAGAAAGAGAGCACCGCGUUUGUACCUGCGUCAUUGAAACGCAAGAAAGCUGGUGCCGUUGCCGUUGCUGCAACUGGAGGAGGUCCGAUCAACGCUGCGCCAUCACUAGGUCCCGCAGAGGCUGGUGGGCCUUCUGUCGGGCCUCAGAGACCCGAUCUGCUCAGCACUCUGAAGGGUCAGCUCGGUGGGUCUUCUGUCGGCCCUAAGGUGGACAGUAGCAAACCGAAAAACGACUACGAGAGAUUUGUGGAGGAGAUGGGAGACUUAUUAUGAAAUAUAUGUUGCUCUUUUUGCAUUCCCCAUGUUGUUCAUACAAUCGUAACCCUUACAACAAUCAACCUUCAACAUGU